AUGCGGCGAUUUGCGUGCUUACUCAGCCUACAGUCAUUGCUCCGUGGCUCGCUACGGCUGCUCCGAUUUUCGCCGCAGUGUCGACCGAAAUUCAGGAGGACGAAAUUCAUCACCCCAAUUGUUGUGGACAAGACGCCGAGCAAAAAGAAAAUUAUGGAAAUUUACGAAAACAUGAAAGUGAGGUAA